AUGAUGUACGGCCUCAAUGGUGCCGAGAUAGUCUUCAAUCCAAGUGCCACCGUGGAUGGACUGAGACACCGCUCGACGGUCUGGGCCAGUCAACCAUGCGGUGGUAGGAUUGGCAGUGUUGGAGCCGUCGAAUUCUAUUGCUGUUUCAGUGAAUCCCUUUGGCCAAUUGAAGCUCGCAAUGCAGCUAUUGCCAACAGCUACUUCACCGUUGCAAUAAAUCGCGUUGGCACUGAAAUUUUCCCCAAUGAGUUCACAAGCGGUGAUGGCAAACCCGCGCACAAGGAUUUCGGUCACUUCUUUGGCUCAACCUACGUAGCUGGUCCGGACGGCUCACGAACCCCGGGCCUUGACCGUGUCUCCGAUGGCCUGCUAGUGGCCGAAGUCGAUCUGAACCUCUGUCGCCAAGUCCGUGAUCAAUGGGGUUUCCGCGUAAGUUCUGUCGCGUUUUCAUUUGGGUCAACGGAUGCCGCCGUAGCCUGGGAAUCAAUACUAGAUUCACGCAUUCUACGUUUAUUCGUUAAUGACACAAAGACUUGA